AUGCUUUCCUAUGGGGGCAACCAGGAAAGGCUUGACGGAUCCACCAGGCCAUACCGUGUUUUCAUCAAUCAUCGUGGACCGGACGUGAAGGAAACUCUCGCCACCACUAUCUAUCAUUCACUUCAACACACGGGUUUGAAUGUUUUCUUCGACAAAACUGAAUUUCAACCCGGACAAAAAUUACUCCCGACAAUCAAGGAAGCCAUUCGCACAGCUUCUGUUCACAUUGCUAUUUUUUCCCCGAGAUAUGCCGAAUCGCCUUGGUGCUUGGAAGAACUCUGUCUAAUGCUGGGAAGCGGUGGAAAGAUUAUACCUGUCUUUUAUCGUGUUUCUCCUUCAGAUCUUGUGGGCUUGAAAUAUGGAAAGGGAAUAUACGUAAGCGCAUUCAAUAAGGGCAAAUUCAAAGUCUUCUACGCCGACAGACUUCAGGAAUGGAAAGAAGCGCUAGAAGAAGUGAGCAAUAUCUCAGGGCUGGAGUUGAAUUCAAGUACAUUCAAUGGGGACGAGGAAAAGCUCCUGCAAGCUCUUCGAAGGGCUGUUAUCGAGCAUGUUAGAGAACAACGAACGAAGUUUGAUCAUGGAUUGGUUGGGCUGGACAAGAUAGUUGAUUCUUUUAAUUGUUUUAUGUCCAAGUCUAGCAAACACAGAGGGAAUUGUAAGACAGUAGGAAUUGUGGGAACUGUGGGAUCCGGCAAAACUACUUUAGCAGAAGAGUACUUCUAUCGCAACAGAGAAUCUUUCGAUAGAUCCAGUUUUCUGUUUGGAGUCAGAGAGGCUUCGGAGCGAAAUGGAUUGCAAGCUCUGCAGAGGCUGUUGUUGAAAGACCUGACAUGUGACUCUCACGCAGAAAUCAACACCGUAAGGGAAGGUAUAGAGAUUCUUGCAGAUCGUCUAGAUUGCCUGAGUCGUCAUAAACAAUUAAAAUUUCUCAUUGUUAUUGAUGACGUCGAUGAUCAUAAGCAACUUGAAGCUCUUCUUCUCAAAGACAACAUCUUAGGAUCAGGAAGUCUGGUUAUAGUCACAUCCCGUGAUAAGGCGGUCCUUAAAUUGUCAGGAAUCUCCGUACAUUAUGAAGUCGAGCCGUUGGCUAUGGAGGAUGCUGCAGAGCUCUUGCGUAGAAGCGCGUUUAAGGAUCCUGAAGCGGUCACUGAUUUUGAUCGAUUCAUACAAAUUGCAGUGAUCAAGUCUGGUGGUGUUCCCUUAUUUCUCAAACGUAUCGGCUGGAAUCUAAUGCUCUAUGGCGGUAAUAACGAAGAAACUUGGGAGAGGGAACUGAUCUCAGAGAUACCUGAAAUACUCAACGCUAGCUACGGUGCUCUAGGAGAAGAGGAGAAACAGAUAUUCCUGGAUAUUGCUUGCUUUUUUGUAGGCAUGGAAAAGAAUUCCGCGAUACGCGUAUGGGCUGGGCUUGGAUGGGAAGCUGCUCGUGCCCUUCGAAAGCUGGAAUAUAUGUGCCUGCUUCAAAUUGACGAAAAUAAUUGCCUGAAGAUGAACAACCAUCAUUCAAGUUUAGGACGAGAGAUAGCAGAUAAGCAACUCUGCAACUCUCUACAUCUUCCCUGUCGGCUAUGGCGUUCAAACGAGGCUCAAAACUCACUUCGCGGUCUACUGUCUCUGCCAGAAAGCACAAAGCUUAGAUUCACGGACGCGACCAGGAUCUAUGAGCGGCGCUCUGGAACGCACACGUUUUCUUCUGUCAAAAUAGAGCUUCUCGAAAUUAAUGGGGACAUUUCACGGGGUGAGGUAUUAAUCGAUUUGGCGUGGCUUCGUUGGAGAGAUUGUCCUCACACAAGCAUUCCUCGCUUCGAAAUGAACAAUCUACGAGUCCUAGAACUCGUUGGAGGGAGCCUUGAAGACUUAUGGGGUCCUGGUUCUGAGCUUCCAGUACAACUGAGGGAGAUUAAUGUGAAAUAUUGCAGUGAACUUGCAACAAUUCCACCAACAAUAAUGUCACUACAACGUCUGGAAAAGAUGACACUGGAUGACCUCCCUCGUGUAACAACUCUGCCGGAAGAAUUUUGUGAAUUGGGCGCUUUGAAGCAUUUGGUGCUGAAGGAAUGUGCGAGCCUAACAUGCUUGCCCAAUGGGUUUGGGAAAUUAACAAAUCUGGAACACAUAGAUUUCUCUUAUUGUCAAAAUUUAUUGGAGCUUCCACAGUCUUUUGGUUGUCUCAUACAGCUUAAAUGCCUCGACGUAGAGAAGUGUAAAAAUCUGAUUGUAGGAGCCGAUAGAUUUGAAAAUAUCAGGACACUCGAGGAAUUAAAUUUCGAAAAUUGCACUGGAUUGCAGAGGCUACCAAAUAAAAUGACAAGUCAAAACUCUUUGAGAAAGCUAAAUUUAUUGGGUACAAGCUUGGAAGAGUUGCCACAUGAUUUUUACAAUCUCACAAAAUUGGAGGAGCUGAGAAUAGGAAGUCCUUUCUUUACGAGUAUACCUUCUAAUCUAGAGAACCUUUCCUGCUUGAGCGUGUUUGAGAUAUGUAUGUUCGGGCAAAUGAAUUGUUCUCCCCCAUCAAAACUUGGGCACUUGAUUCUUUCAGAUUUCUUUGAGAGGACAACGGAGGAGGCUGCAACGGAAGUAAAUACAAUUUGUGUAUACGGUUUAAACGAUAGGAUGCAACCUGGUCAAAGGGAACCAUUGAAGAAAAUUGUGAAUGAUAUACUUAAGAUCAUGGAAACCGGGUCGCCUUGCAAACCUGCUCAUGCCGUUGGGCUCGAAGAGGAAGUCGAACAUUUUGAAAAGAUCGCUCUUCAAUACGCAGAAAGAGUUAAAAUUGUGGGGAUUGUAGGGGCUAGCGGGUGUGGGAAGACCACCCUGGCGAGAGAGAUAUACAAAAGGAAGAGCUCGUUGUUCCAAGGGUCCUGUUUUCUUUAUGGAGUGAGGGAUGCAGCCUCAAAAAUUGGCUUGCAUAGAUUGCAGGAGGAACUCUUAGAGGUGGGUGAUGUCAAACAUCUCACAGUUCCCAACAUAAGUGAAGGGAAGGAACUUCUGGCUCGUCAUUUAAAACAUCGGCGCCUCCUCAUCGUCUUGGAUGAUAUCGAUGGUAUGGAUCAAAUCAAUGCUUUGUUGCCUCCCACGAAUUCGCUGGGAUAUGGCAGCUUGAUUAUCGUGACAACUUGCUACAUUGGCCUUCUGAAGUCGCCCUCCAUGCCUUUAACCGCAGCCUAUAGGAUGGGUGGACUGAAUCAAUCGCAUGCCCAACAGCUUUUCUGUUGGCACGCCUUCGGCCAGCCGAGCCCAUUACAUGGAUUUCAGGACCUUGUUGAAUUGCUCUCCAGUAGUUGCGAGGGAAUGCCUCUUUCUCUCCAAACUCUAGGACAGCAGCUUCACGGCAAGCCCAAGGAUUAUUGGGAGACGGAAUUAGUCAGAAUCUCCACAAUAUUGUUCAAGGAAAUAAAGCAAUGUGAUAAGGUUCUUGUGAUCAAAGGUGACGAAUGUAGCAAUAAGACAGAAAAUCUUCUGUUGCUGCGGUGGUAUGAUUGUCCACAUACGAGUAUUCCUCCUUGGAUUUCGAUGAAAAAUCUCAUAGUUUUAGAUCUCAGAAAUGGGUUUUUUAAUAAGUUAUGGAGUUCAAACCUACCUUUACAAUUGAGAAAAAUAAAUAUAUUGGGAAGCGUAAGUAAGCUUCCAAAGUCAAUAGGCCAGCUGCAGAACCUCGAGAGAAUUAUAGUUGAUGGGUGGCUGAACACCAGUUUGAAGUCUCUUCCAGAAGAAUUUUGUCAUCUAAAAUCAUUGAAACACCUUGCCCUCCGCUGGUGUAGGGCAUUGGCAUGGCUCCCUGAAAGGUUUGGGAAUUUGACAAACUUACAACAUUUAGACCUGGCAUUUUGCAGUCGAUUAAACGCAUUACCUCAGUCCUUUAAGGAGCUGGUACAACUUCAGUAUCUUGAUUUACAGAGCUGCAGAAAUCUGGAGAUUCAACCACAAUUUCUGGGUCAAAUCACAACUCUACAACACAUAAAUUUUAAACACUGUGGCGAGCUUAGAAUUUUGCCAGCGCAAGUUCCCUAUCAAGUGUACCUGAAGAAUCUAAAUUUGAUUGGGACAAGCUUGAAAGUGGUACCUGAUGAAAUUGGAAGGUUGGUUCAUCUGGAAGUUCUUGAAAUAGGAAGCCCUUAUUUGACAGGCUUGCCAGUUUCUUUGGCUAAUAACACAAAUCUGCGCACAUUAUCUAUCGAAGGUUGCUCGAGCCUGAAGUCUUUACCUGAUUCUUUGUUGCUAUUAAAAAAUUUAACAAUAAAUUCGCCACAGGAACUGAAGAAAACUCUGGAUGAAGGUAAUCGUAGAGGAAAACGUUUAAUAUUGAAAAAAAAGAACUUACGUGCUUGA